GAAAUAGUGUUGUGUUGGAAAUAUUGUUUUCUUUAUCGCACAUGCCUUUUUAGACUUAAUAUAACAUCCAUGUCAUUAUACUUAGCCACAAUUUGGAAAAUAGGCAAUUUAUAUAUCCCUGUGUUCCUGUGUAUAGGCUAACAUAAAUAGUUACAUUGUCCGAGUAGUUUGGCUGUUCCAUUUACACAUAUUUUUGAGUGGGCUUUUCAAUCGGUUACAGUUACAGUAGGCUACCCGCUGGACUGCUUCUGUUGCGGCCACUAGGGCCUUCCAUGGCGAUGUCCACUGGUUGUUGGCUUGUGGUGCGUCUGUAGCUGUGUGUACGGAGGGCAGCCUACUGAGCCUAGGCGGUCUUUAGCCUCAGUCUGAUCUGAGCAUGUAGGCUGGAACCAUAAACACAUCCUGAAGCAAGCUUUACCCUAGUAAACCCCACAGCACCGAGACAUGCUACAUCCCCAUGAGCUCAGCCGCGGACGUAUGUUCUUGGAUAGAUCUCGGUUCUUAUAGCGCCAGUUAUAGGUUUGAGAAGCGGGAGGAGAUGACGGCGAGGAAAGCCGCUUUUCAACCGCUGUCCAGCUCUCGCAUCCCGGAGAGGAAGGGAGCGGCUGACCGGGGGAAGACUAACUCCGACUGGUCUUAUCCUUUCUCCCAACAGGAGCCGGAGAAAGGCCAAUCAACAGCAGGGAUCCAUGCCCAUGUGGUGGGGGCUGUCGGGGGCUCUGGGGCCGUGGAUGAGUCGUCAGACAGCGAGGGAGAACAAGAAGGCCCGCAGAAACUCAUUCGGAAAGUGUCGACCUCCGGACAGCUCAGAAGCAAGACCAGUGUGAAAGAGGGAUUGUUGCUGAAACAGACAAGCUCAUUCCAGAGGUGGAAAAAACGCUAUUUCAAACUGAGAGGACGAACACUCUACUAUGCCAAAGAUGCCAAGUCACUGAUAUUUGACGAGGUGGACCUAUCUGAUGCCAGCGUGGCUGAGUCCAGCACUAAGAAUGUUAACAACAGCUUCACGGUGAUCACUCCGUUCCGCAGGCUCAUCCUCUGCGCAGAAAACAGGAAAGAGAUGGAGGACUGGAUCAGCUCGCUGAAGUCCGUCCAGUCCCGAGAGCAUUACGAGACAGCACAGUUUAAUGUGGAACAUUUCUCAGGGAUGCACAACUGGUAUGCCUGCUCCCACGCACGGCCCACCUUCUGUAACGUCUGUAGGGACAGCCUCUCUGGCGUCACCUCCCACGGCCUGUCCUGUGAAGUGUGUAAAUUCAAAGCUCACAAGCGGUGUGCCGUCAGGGCCACCAACAACUGCAAAUGGACCACACUGGCCUCUAUAGGCAAAGACAUCAUCGAGGACGAGGAUGGGAUCGCCAUGCCCCACCAGUGGCUGGAGGGAAACCUGCCUGUUAGUGCCAAGUGUGCUGUGUGUGACAAGACCUGUGGCAGCGUGCUCCGACUGCAGGACUGGCGCUGUCUCUGGUGCAAAGCCAUGGUACACACAGUGUGUAUGGACCUGUACCCCAGGAAAUGUCCGCUGGGCCAGUGUAAAGUCUCUGUCAUCCCUCCUACUGCCCUCAACAGUAUCGACUCUGACGGCUUCUGGAAGGCCACCUGUCCCCCGUCCUGCGCCAGUCCUCUGCUGGUCUUUGUCAAUUCCAAGAGCGGAGACAACCAAGGGGUUAAAUUCCUCCGACGUUUCAAGCAGCUCCUCAACCCUGCUCAGGUGUUUGACCUGGUCAACGGAGGACCACAUCUAGGGCUGCGUCUCUUCCAGAAGUUCGAUAACUUCCGGAUCCUGGUGUGCGGAGGGGAUGGGAGUGUAGGCUGGGUCCUCUCCGAGAUAGACAAACUCAACCUCCACAAACAGUGCCAGCUGGGAGUUCUCCCCCUGGGUACUGGGAAUGACCUGGCGCGGGUGCUGGGCUGGGGCCCGUCGUGUGAUGAUGACACGCAGCUGCCCCAGAUCCUGGAGAAACUGGAGCGGGCCAGCACCAAAAUGUUGGACCGCUGGAGCAUCAUGACCUACGAAAUUAAGAUCCUUUCCAAACACAGUGGGCCUGUCACGCCCGACGACACUGACCAUGACCAGUUCCAGAUCUCAGCCUAUGAAGACUCGGUAGCUGCCCAUCUCACCAAGAUCCUCAAUGCUGACCAAAACUCUGUGGUCAUCUCCUCUGCUAAGAUCCUGUGUGAGACAGUAAAGGACUUUGUUGCCAAAGUGGGGAAGUCCUAUGAGAGAAGCACUGAGAAUACAGAGGAGUGUGACACCAUGUCUCUCAAAUGUGCCAUCCUGAAUGAGAAGCUAGAUUUGCUCCUUCAGACCCUCAACACAGAAACCCAGUCAUUUCCCCCACCUCCUCGCCUUUCCACACCCCCCAUCGUUGAGGAGGAGGAAGAAGAGGAGGAGGUGAGCGAGGAGUCGUUGACCGAGCUGAAGGAGAAACUGGAAGCGGAGGAGAGUGAGAAGGGAGGAGAGAACGGAGGAGGUUCGCCGCACAAGAUGUUCAGAGCUAAAGAACAGUUGAUGCUACGGGCAAACAGUCUGAAGAAGGCUGUACGAGAGAUUAUGCAACAGGCAGAGAGAGUGGUGGAUGAGCAGAAUGCCAGCACGGAGGAGCAGGAGCUGCCGUCCACGUUUGAGUUCAGGAAGGAGGGAGAGGAGGACAACAGGGACAGUGAAAAGGACGAGGACACCAAGGAACUAGAGAUCCUGCCAUUGGCUAAGAGUCCUUGUUCCCCUCCUGAAAGGUGUGUGAGUCGCAGCAGCCAAUCAUGUGGCUCUUUCUCCAUCACACCCUUCACCACCAGCAAGGAGAACCUGCCUGUACUCAACACACGUAUCAUCUGCCCUGGUACAUCCUACGGUUUGCGUGCUGGUCUGGCAGCCUCUAUAGCUGGUAGCUCCAUCAUCAGUAAGAUGCUGCUGGCCAAUAUCGACCCAUUUGGAGCUACGCCCUUUCUGGACUCUGACCUGGACUCACUAGAGGGCUUUAGUGAGAAGUGUGUCAUGAACAACUACUUUGGCGUUGGGCUGGAUGCUAAGAUCACAUUGGAGUUCAACAACAAGAGGGAAGAACACCCAGAGAAGUGCAGGAGUCGUACUAAGAACAGGGUAUGGUAUGGGGUUCUGGGCACCAAGGAACUCCUCCAGAGAACCUACAAGAAUCUAGAACAGAAGGUUCAACUGGAGUGUGAUGGUCAGUACAUCCCCCUGCCCAGCCUUCAGGGCAUUGCAGUGCUGAACAUCCCCAGCUAUGCAGGUGGAACCAACUUCUGGGGAGGAACCAAGGAGGACGACAUAUUCUGUGCCCCGUCGUUUGAUGAUAAAAUCCUGGAGGUGGUAGCAGUGUUUGGCAGUAUGCAGAUGGCUGUGUCCAGAGUCAUCAAACUGCAACACCACCGCAUAGCACAGUGUCGGUCAGUGAAGAUCACUAUCCUGGGAGAUGAGGGUGUUCCUAUCCAAGUGGACGGAGAGGCCUGGGUACAACCUCCUGGAGUCAUUAAGAUCCAACACAAGAACAGAGCCCAGAUGUUGACCAGGGACAGGGCAUUUGAGAACACUCUGAAGUCGUGGGAGGACAAGCUGAAGUAUGACAAGCUGCCCUUGCGGUCUCACCUUUACUCCCAGCAGUCUGUGGACCUGGCCACUGAGGAGGAGGUGGCCCUCGUACAGCUGGUUGCCCGCGCUGCAGACGAUCUCAUCACCAGGAUCUGUGAGGCAGCCAAGACCAAUGGGCUUUUAGAGCAGGAGCUGGCUCACGCCGUCAACGCCUCAUCACACGCCAUCAACAAGACACACCCCAAGUUAGCCGAGAGUAUGGCCAGGAACACUGCUAUAGAAGUAGCCAGCAAUGUGAAGGCUUUACACAACGAGACUGAAUCACUUCUGGUGGGACGAGUAUCACUGCAACUGGAACCCUCAGAUGAAGAGUCUUUAUCCAGUGCUCUGCAGAGUGUGGAGAUGGAGCUAGGCAAACUUGUAGAUAUUCCCUGGUUAUACCAUAUACUGCAGCCUAAUGAAGAUGAGGACCCCUCGUUAGAAUAUGGCAAGAGCAACAGUCGUAGCAGCAUGUUCAGAAUUGUGCCAAAGUUCAAGAAAGAGAAAGCUACCAAGAAGACCAACCCUCAGUCAGUGGAGCGAUGGGGUACAGAGGAGGUAGGAGUCUGGCUGGAGCAGCUCAGUCUGGGAGAGUACAGAGAUACCUUCACACGCCAUGACAUCAGAGGCUCUGAACUGCUGCACCUGGAGAGGAGGGACCUGAAGGAUCUGGGGAUAUCGAAAGUGGGUCAUAUGAAGAGAAUUCUCCAGGGAACUAAGGACCUGGCCAAGACCGCAAUGGUUGACCUCUAACCCAGAAGUAGUUGGUGCCAGAGUGGAAGUGCCCUUCCACCACAGAGAAAGAGUUUGGGAGCUCCGCAGGGAGAGCUGAACGCCUGGCAUCUUGGGGUGGAUGGAUGGAUUUGAUCCUUUGAUGGAUUUAAGAAAGCUGUUGGUGAGAAAUUGUCUAACAGGAAUGUUUUAGUGAGGCUGUGUUUGGUGCCAAAAUAGAAGAUGGCAAUCUACAGUUGUUGACAGUUUAAAGAAGGAAGCCAUAGUUUUUUUUUUUAAAUGCUAAUUUUCUCUAAUCAUAUUUUCAUUCAUGGCCCAAUCGGGUAUGCAACUGAUCCUCAUUAUAAGAGUUGGUUUGGUCAUCUGGCCUCAUAGAGAAGGCCCAAUCCAAGUAGCAACAAGGUGACUUCCAUGAGUGUGCCCUAACAAUGUGCUGUGAGUGUGUACAGUUCAGCACAGUCACUACACUACCGUGCAGCUUUGUGAUUGGCUUACUGGCUGUUUGCCUGGCAGUAGAAGGCUACAGAUGCAACGCUACAGUCUGCAAUAUCCUGCUUUCGCUGUUUACACCAGAGGAGAUAGGCGACGUCCCAAAUAGCACCCUCUUCCCUAUGUAGGGCACUACUUUUAAGUGGUGCACUAUGUAGGGAAUAGGGUGUGAUUACAGACGUGCCCUGGGAGAAGGAGAUGCAGUGCCACAACCUAAAGCGAGUGAAGAGAGGUCUCUGAAAACAGUGAGACAUAUGUUGCAUGCUAUGCUAGCUUGAUUUGGGAUAUAAAUUUUGAAUUGCAAGAUUAGUGUCUUGGUUCUUUUGUGUAAAAAAUGACUGUAGUAUUAUUAUACCAUUUGUUACUACUGAAAUAAUUAUUUUGGUAUGAAUCAACCUUUUUUUGUUUAUUAUUUUUAUUUAUGUUUUUGUAUUUGCAUGAUAAUUAUGUGUCAAGGACCUGUGUCAUGUGCCAUAUUUUAUUCAUUUUAUUGUAAAAAUGUGCUUUAUUGGUAAGAGAACAUCAGAAUAUAAGACAAGUUACUAGAUUAACUAUUAGGAGUUAAACUUUGUUUUCUGUUGAAAUGAAAAUCAGUACCAAAGUGAAUGUCCACUAAACUUCCAGACAUAAAUGUUAACUUUGAAAGUAGUGAAAAUAACAUAAUCAUGUUUGAGAUGAAUAUCAGUUCCAUAUAGAGUGUUAUAAAUUGGAUUCUAGAAUUCCCUGGUUUCCCAGAAAUCUUGGUUGGAGGAUCUGCAUUUCCUGCUUCUUAUCUUCUGAGUCCGGAAAACCUCCAACCGGGAUUUCGGGAAAACCACGGGAUUUAUUUACAUUUCCCGGAAUAUUUUUAUGGAACGCUUGACAGGAACUUUUCCAUGUUGCUAUUUGCAAAGUUACAUCCUCAUAUCACUAGAUACAAUUCACCGCAAUCUCUAGCAUUUAAACACUCAAUAUUUCACAGAGUAACACUAUGGUAGUGGGAAUAGGAGUUAAAUGUUGAUUUAAGUAUAAGUUUGAGCAGCUCAUCUGCAACAGGAGAAAGUGCAGAUUUAGUUGCUCAGUGUGACAUGUAAUUGUAAUAGGACACUUUUGUUAGGUUGGUGGCAUUACAGGGUAUACCUAUAUAUGUGAUGCUAAGUAUGCAUAUACAAUAUAUGCACUGAAUAUAUACAAUCUAAAGCAGUGUAUGCAUACACUGUUAGUAACUUUUGUAGUCAAAUGCCUUUGUAGAUUAUAGCUAACAGCUAACAUGUUUUGAUGACCAUGUCUAUUGAUUUGCGCCAUGAACACCAAUUGUGGAUUAUUGAUUUUGUUAAACAGGAUAAUCUGUCCUGAUUUUGUUUAAUGCUGUUGUAUUCUAACGGAGGUGCAAUAUUAUUUUGGUUUUGGUCGUCUUUCUGACGUGAUGUUUCGCUGUGGGGAAAACCCAAAGGGUUAACUGACCUACUUUUAAACUAAAUAGCGUUUCUUACUAAUUUAAUUUUCAUUCAAAAUUCUUCCAACAGCUCACUGGUUUUUAGUCUUGUUCCCCUGUGCUUCCAGGAUGAUUCUCAAAGCAGGUUGCAGGAAAUAAUAGACCGUGUUACUGACUAUGUGAGACUGUUGAACGGGCAGACCUGACUGUUGUUCUGUGCUUUAUGUAUCUAAGAACCCUUGUAUGUUCAUUUACGUCAGCUAAAUACUUAGCAUCAACUGUAUGUUUAUCAUUGAUCAGCCAAGUUAUAUUAUCAAUGACCCUAUAUCAUCAAGCCUUCUUUUUUAAUAAUUUUUUACCUCAACAAAACUGUACGAAUCAGGAUUGUGGCUUGCUUAAUUUCAUAGUCCUCAUGUACCAUGAUAUCUAUUAACAAAUGGAAAUAGGAAGUUAUACCAUGUUUGCAUGAUAAUUACAUUUAGGUUUAUUUGGGAUUAAGAAAGAAAUUCAUCCGUACUAGUUAGUUACCAAUUGUGUCCACUUAUUUGGAGUAAGCACCAGAAAGUAGCAUGUAUCUUUCACUCCAUCAUUCUACAGUAUAUAAAGGACUGUAAAAUAAAGCAUUACCACCCACCUCUCUUUUGGUGGCUUAUCAAGAGAAUUCACAUUAUCAAGAAGCAUAUAAUUGUUGCUUAUGCUCACAAUCAAGUAUAAUUUUUUUUAAACAUGAAACCCAAAACACGAGGCCUUUUAAUCCCCUAAAACAAUAACCUCUUUUGGCGAAAGAAGUUAGAAUUUAGAAUUAUGCCAUGAGCAUCUAAAUCAUACCUUAGUAAAUGGUCUAGACAAAAAAUAAAUGGGUUUUAUUGCAAGUAGGAUUGUAAUGAAGAAACAAAACAUAGCCACAAGCUAGCUAGGUUCCUAACCAAAGACAUGAAUGAAACAUUCUGAACAUUCAGUCUUUUUUGAAAUUCUAAGAAUCCAAGCCACAGUUCUUGAUCAUCAUUUAUGUGUCUUGUUGUCUUUAGAGCCCCGUUUCCACUGGCACUUAACAUUAGGGCCCAGUUGGUUCCAAAUUCGAGCUGGCUCAAAUGGAAUUCUUAAAUUCGAGCUGGCUCAAAUGGAAUUCUUAAAUUCGAGCUGGCUCAAAUGGAAUUCUUAAAUUCGAGCUGGCUCAAAUGGAAUUCUUAAAUUCGAGCUGGCUCAAAUGGAAUUCUUAAAUUCGAGCUGGGUCGAGGGAAACCCUGGCCUGAGCAGCCAAGUUUCACAACUGGUUAGAAUUCGGGCUGGUGACACCGUUACUAUGCAACCACCAAGUUUAUCAACGUUAGCUAGCUAGUCUGGGCUUGUUACUGUUAGCUAGGACAUGGACAAGCAGUAUUGCAGAUAUCAGACAUGACACUAAUUACUACCAUACCUGGAUCCUUCAUUCAUUUUUGCACUACACAAUAAACUUUUAUGAGAACAGUCAGCCCUCGAAUGCUAGCUACCUAACGUUAGCUGGCAAAUCAGAGUUGAACAAGCUAGCUAGCUAAUGUGAGCUAGCAGGAAUUUAAGCUGGCUAGGUCAUAUUGAAAAUUAGCUGGACACAUUAUAUCAAACCUAUCAUUUGGUUUGCUUGGUUAGCUAGCUAGCUAAUAGCCAAUGCCAUGGCAAGCAAAGUAGGAAUUAAGCCUGUUAGCUAGCUAGCUAAUGUCAGCAAGCUAAAUAUAUGGCUCUGAGUCUAGCUGGCACUGGCAGGAGUAUGGGGUAACAUUAGUUACAGCAUGGUGAGGGUGAAUUACAUUCUUUAAAAUCUAGCUAGCUAGCUAGGUAGCAACAUUAGCGAAGCCAGCUGCAGUCACACACCUAGCAGCAUGACAUAAUUUCAUACUUCUUGGCCAGCCCAACCUGGGUUGACUUUAAAGUGCCAAUGGAAACAAUGCUUACGUGGCUUAGGUAUGGGCUGGUUUCACAGACAUAGACAGAUGGAUUUUAAGUUCUAGCUGUUGUUCUCAGAGUAGUUUGACCUUGGAAUACAUAGUUCUGUAUUUAUAUUAAAACCACAUUUUCAGUCGUCUGAAUUCAAGUGCAAUCUAGGUAGUUUAUGUCUGCACAGCUGCAGGAAGUAGGAGUGCUGAGGGUGCUGCAGCACCAUGUGAAAAAUCCUAAGUAAAAAUAAAAAAAUAUAUAUAUGUAUUUUUUUCUCCACAAAAGUAGUGCACUAGGCCCUUAAUACUCCUGUAUUAGUGGACCGAUCUAGCCGUCUGUAACGCGGCCCAACAUUUUUUUUGCAGCAUCGCCGCAGCACCCCCACCCCCAAACUACUUCCUGCGGCUAUGUACUGUGUGUCUGUGUUUCAAGCUCUGUGUGAUUUAAUCUGAGCUGAGGUUCCUCACGGCAGGUCACACUCACGGCUUCAGUUCCCAGGCUGUAUGUGUGUGUUGUCUAUCUCUGUGUGUCUGUCUGAAGGGUGUCUGUCUGUCUGAAGGGUGUCUGCCUGGUUCUGUAUGAGUGUGCUGUCUGUCUCUGUGUGUCUGUCUGAGGGGUGUGUGUUUGUCUCUGUGUGUCUGUCUGUCUGUCUGUCUGAAGGGUGUUUGGCUGAUUCUGUAUGAGUGUGCUGGACCCCAGACUACAUGCUUAGAGAGAGAGAGCUUGAGUUCUCCAAUUUAGGUUUAGAGGUUUCCCAUGGGCACAGAUCUUAGUUCAGCUUACCGCCCCCAAUCCUAACCAUAACCAUUAGGGGGGGGGGGGGGGACGCAAAACUGAUCUUAGAUCAGCAUCCAUGGGCAACAUCAUCCAUCACCAUGUUUUCCAAUGGUAUGUAUAUAUAAUGCUGCAAACUGCCUGGUUUUCAUAAACCAACCAAACCCUAUGUGAGGACUCUUACGAUGGGGUAACCCGAUAGUCUUUAACAUGGUUAAUAACAUGGUGGAAGAGAAGUGAGAUUCAUUUGUUUACAUUGUUUACAAUGGCACAGUUUUACUUGCUAAGGAUAAAAAUAUAUAAACUCAGCAAAAAAGGAAACAUCCUCUCACUGUCAACUGCGUUUAUUUUCAGCAAAUUUUCAGCAAAUUUAACGUGUAAAUAUUU